UGUACCUAGGUUACUGAAAUCCCAACCAUUAACUAACAUCGUGUGCGCUUCACUUCAGCUAGUUAUCAACCCCAACAUUGAACGCGUCUUGUUAAGAACAGUUGCCAUGGUUUCACAAACCUUAUAUGCCAAUUAAUGGCGUGUCAUCCCUAGUUUACUUUCCUUCUUCUUCUUCUUCUUCUUCUUCCCCUUCUUCUUCCCCUUCCUCCUCUAUUGUUCUAUGUACCUUAGGUAGGGUAGUUUUACCUCACAAUGUCGAAUCAAGCUUCAACUCCCGACUCUUGUCGCGUGGCCGACACCGAUCCUUUAAUGGUAGAACUUGCGAAAGUCUUACCAAAAGGUUGCAAGUUCACGGCGCACCAUCUUUCGACACCUCCAACUAUCACAGAUCCUCUUUGCCAUCCUCCAGCAUAUAAUCCCAUUACUGAUUCAAAGACACCUGAGAACCGUGAUGUAGCGCAGUCCAAAAAGCGACCGAGUAAACCACUGAUUACCUAUUGCGAGAAGCAUUUCCUGAUCAUUUCCAUUGAUUCUAAAAAGGAAGGCCCCGAUUCUGAUACCAAUGCACAAGUUAUGGUUCUGGGGAUUGAGAUUUACAUCUACACGACGUCCUUCUCGACCAUCAUAUUCGUAGCCAAGGCUGAUUCAACCGGAUACCUGAACCUCCUCAAUCUGCCGAAAGGGACACCUUCCCCUAUCCGAGAAAUCACCGCCUGUUUCCUUGCCUUCCUAGUCACCAACCGAAGACGCGCAACAAAACAAUUAGUCGUGAACCUCUUCGCCCGAUCGCAGUCGCAAUACCUCUUUGCAGGAAGCGUGGACAAUAGUGGCAAGCACAUUCUCGAUGAUAGAGGUUUAGUGAAAUGGUGGUGUCGGGUGCUCAACUCACUACUCGAGGACGAUGAAUACUUAGAGGUGAGAAAGUUCUGGGACAAUAUCCAUGGUUACCUGAUCAUACCAGGAUUAGACAAUUAUGAGACCCGAGCUUUCCUACCACGGUCGAGCGCUGCGGCAACGAACUGGACACUAGGCCAUCCUCUCGAGAAAAUGUCUCCUUAUACGAAGGAUCACACCAAAUUUGGCCAGACUAUUCAUCCCAGAUCUCUCAUACCAGUCUUCCCAGAUGACCCAAAGGCGCGGUUUAUCCAGGAGUUAGAGGAGUCGGUGUCUGAAAAGGCCAAGUUGCUAGGCGGCUGGAAGACACCAAGAACACUAGAUCAGUUCUGGGAUAUGAUGGCAUUUCGGCAAGAAUGCUCCAGUGGGAGAUUGACUGGAUUCGUUUGGGUUCUUUUCGAACCUCGGGCUAAAGCACAGCCUGGCUCAUCAGCGGCCGGCUUUAUUGCACCAUCCGCCAAAAAGGCUCGAAGAAAGCCCAAACCGAAGAAGAAGAAGAAGUCGAUGACUGGCCCGAUCAUCCCUCGAAAGCCCCAAAUCAAAACACAUCAACGAGCGCAUUUCCCAAAACAGGUAGAGACGCCGUAUUACUACUGGCCAGAGAAUGGCAGGGGCCGAGUCGUUCUUAGUGAUACCAACUACAAACGAGCAAUUGAGCUUCUGCUUCAUCUCGAGUUUGCCACUCUGGACAAGGCAGUUGCAAGCACCACGCGAUGGACUAAGCAGGUCGAUAUGGGCGAAGACUGGUCGCUGGAAAUAAUUGGCAAGAGAGAAACCAUCCCUAUCCGCACAUUGUCUAGCCCUAGCGCAGUAGUGAAUAACUUGGGUGCACAAGUAAGACGGAAGCGCGGACCCGAUGACAAUCUUACAAGCGAUACGGCCGCAUCUACACCUUCCGUGAACACUCUCGGCGAAAGUCUUAUUAGAAAGAAGGCUAAAGUUGAUACCAACCCUACGCCUGAGAUUCGUACGCAGGAACCAGGCCCGACCCAGCCUGACGCCAAGCAGGAACCCACGGUCAAUGUCCUCGGAGGUGGUUUGGUUCGAAAGAAGGAGAGCACAUCUUGAUUUUCAACAUCGUAAGUGAAUUUGCAGCUUACAGGCGUAUAUCGGGAUUCUUUGACAUAAUAGUUUGAAGUGUUUGGCGUUGGCAGGCGUAAGUCGACAGGUUACACAUGGUAGGGAAGCUUGGGAAAAUAGCUCUGGGGCCAGGAAACAGGGCAUGAUUUCACAAUACCCCCUUUUUCAAGUUCGAACCAUUUUUCGAAAAAAAAAAAUAUUCGGGAUAUCCAUCGUGGAGCUUCGGAUAGGCACCUCUAUCAUAACGAUGUUUAAUGCCAGUAGCUAGGUACCCAAUAAUAAUUCCAAUGACAUUUCACGAAG